AGGACAAGGAAAAUCUCAUACUCACAUCAAAUUUUUCUUGUUAUCUGAAACCAAUGAAAUCAAAUCCUUCACAGCAACACAGAAGGGAGAGAGAAACAUAGGAAUAUGGCAACCCAUCUGAAUCAUGUGUUCAGAACUUCAAUUCUGAAGCACAAAACACAAUCAGAGACCCCUUUGAGAACCUCACGAAGAACCCCAAGAUUUGAAGUGAUCAAUGCAACAACAUCUUCCACCAGCAGUGCAAGGCAGCUCAUAGAGUCUGGCACAGUGAGGCCUAUAUUGACCAAAGAUGCUUCCUCAGCAAUAAACUCAGAGGGCUUUAUUCUGCUUGAUGUUAGGCCAUAUUGGGAGAGAGAGAAGGCACGUGUGACAGGGUCUUUGCACGUGCCAAUCUUUGUCGAAGACAAGGAUAACAGCCCUAUAACUUUACUUAAGAAGUGGGUGCAUUUUGGGUACAUUGGGUUGUGGACUGGCCAGUACCUCACUACUGUGAAUUCUGAGUUCCUUAGUCAAGUGGAAAAAGCCGUUCCUGGUAAGGACACAAAGCUUCUUGUGGCAUGUGGAGAAGGAUUGAGGUCAAUGACAGCAGCUUCAAAACUGUGUAAUGGAGGUUACAAAAAUCUGGGAUGGUUGGCUGGUGGAUUUAAUCGUUCAAAGGACAAUGACUUCCCAUCAGCAGAAGGAAAAGAGAAGUUGCAGUAUGCUACAAUUGGGGGAGUUUCUUACAUAUUCCUUCAGUUGCUCAUAUUUCUAAAGGCUGUGGGAUAAGGAGUUAUUUUGACACCUUUUAAUGUUGUUCAUGUGCAACUUUUGAAUAAGCCUCUGUAGCCUAGUUACAACUACAUCUUCUUCAACUUCCAUAUAAAGUAUGACGUUUUGCAGUUUUGUAGAUAGUUAUGCAAGUUCCCUGUUUGAUACAAUUGCAGAAGUAGCUUGUCAUUUAUCAUUGCCAA